AUGGAGUGCUCAGCUGCUCUCUUAGUUUAUUCAUGCCUCCUCUUAAUACCAAUAGCUCUGUUGUUGUAUGCCAAGACCACAAGGCCAAGUUUGAGGCUCCCUCCUGGUCCGAGAAGGCUGCCGAUCAUCGGCAACCUUCAUCAAUUGGGUGAGCUUCCAUACCGCUCCCUCUGCCUCUUGUCAGAGAAACAUGGCCCACUUAUGAGCCUAAAACUUGGUAGUACACCAACGCUCAUCAUAUCCUCCUCGGAUAUGGCUUGUGAAAUUUUGAAGACCCAAGAUCUCAUCUUUUGCACCCGACCUCCCCUUGUUGCCCAUAAACGAUAUUCCUAUGGUGGAUUAGACAUGGCCUUCGCACCAUACGGAGAACAGUGGAGACAAGUGCGGAGGAUCUGUAUGUUAGAAGUCUUCAGUGCCAAGCGAGUAUUAGCUUUUCAGUCCAUAAGGGAGGAAGAAAUAGAAACCCUAAUACAAACUAUCAUAAGGAACACAUCUAGCAGUCCUGUGAAUCUUAGCGAGAUGCUGUUGUGUCUCUUUAACAAUAUAACUAGUCGAGAGGUCUUCAACAGGAGGUUCUCGGGGGAUGGUGAGUGUACGAGGAGCAAUAAUCACGAUCUUAUAAGGGAGAUUAUGUCUAUAAUGGGUGGAUUUUGUUUGGGGGAUUUUUUCCCCUCGAUGGAGUGGUUGGAUGUGCUUACCGGCUUGCGCGGGAGAAUCGAGAGGAGCUUUCAUGGCUUGGAUGAGCUCCUCGAGGAGGAGAUCAACAAGCACAUAAAUGCUAAGGGAAACCAUGAUGACUUCAUCGAUGUUCUGCUUGGGCUUCAGAAGGAUCCAAGCCUUGGGUUCAUUCUCACCAGGGAUCAAAUGAAAGCUAUCAUCAUGAAUGUGUUCCUUGGUGGAUCAGAUACCUCUGCGUCCACCAUAGAGUGGGCAAUGUCAGAGCUCAUGAAAAACCCAAAGAUUAUGAAGAAGGCACAAGAUGAAAUUCGAGGUCUCCUAGGAAAUAAAGGAAAAGUGGAAGAGUGUGGCAUUCAGAAACUUCAUUAUCUGAAGCUUGUAAUAAAAGAAGUUCUUCGAUUGCACCCUCCGGCUCCACUAUUAAUCCCUCGAGAAUGCAUGCAUGAUUGCAAAAUUAAUGGAUAUGACAUUCCUAAAAAAACAAUGGUGUAUAUAAAUGCAUGGGCCAUUGGAAGAGACCCCAACAAUUGGCAGGAUGCUGAAGCAUUCGUGCCUGAAAGGUUUGAAGAGAAUGACAUCAGCUACAAGGGGCAGCACUUCGAUUUUAUACCAUUCGGGAGUGGCCGAAGGAUAUGUCCUGGCAUGUCACUAGGAUUGGUUGCUACGGAGAUUGCCCUUGCAAAUCUUCUCUAUAGGUUCAAUUGGGAGUUACCCAAUGGAAUGAGCAGAGAAGAUUUUGGCAUGGAAGAGCACUUUGGACUAGUUAUUCACAGAAGAUCACCUCUUCUUCUGGUGGCAACCCCAACAUCUUUCGCUGCAUAGAGUUCCUAUAUGAACCAAGUAUAGCUGUCCCCGCCAUUGUAGCCUUUUUAUAAAUAAAAUUGAGGAAGGAAUUUUACUUUUAAAUAACUUCGUACUUGAUUUCACUGGAAAAUAAUGGAAGGAUAUAUGUCUGCUUAUUGUGGUUGGAGCCUUUGCAUGGUGAGUUUAUCAACGAGCAUGUCAAAACAAAUUCCAAAAUAUCUAUAAAUAUUAAAUGCUGUAAAAUUAGAUCAUCAAUAAAAUUCUUUGUAAUAAUUUCUCU